AACUAAUUAGAGGGGGUCACACCAGCAGGAUAUAAAGACUACCAGGACUUUGAAACUGCGAAACAUUUUAAAACUUCAGCCAGCAAAGGAGGACGUGUAUUUGGCAAAUAGCCUAGUCUGAAAUUGUUGUGCAUAUAAGUAUUCGUUUAUUUUUAUUUGUGUGUGUGUUCCAUUUAUUCUCCAUCCAUUAAAAAAGGCAGAUGGACAUCUGAAAUUGCGCACAGACUAGCUUACUUAUAUUUCGGCAUUUUUUAGAUAAACCUCACAGAUUUGUGGCACCAUGGGUUCGGUGUUGCCCGCUGAAGCAUUGGUGCUGAAGUCUGGAUUUAAACAACAAAGUUUGUCUCUGUCUGAAAUUAUCACCUCGGACAUUCUCCAUAGUUUUCUCUAUGGUAGAUGGAGGAACGUGCUUGGGGAACACCUUUUGGAGGAGAAGAUAAACGUCAGUCCCAAAACAGCUUUCACCGCAGAGGUCCUUGCGCAAUCAUUCUCAGGGGAGGUUCACAAGCUCUCCAGUCUGGUGUUGCCAAGUGAAGUGAUAAUAGCCCAGAGCUCCAUCCCUGGCGAGGGCCUAGGAAUCUUCUCCAAAACUUGGAUCAAAGCUGGGACAGAGAUGGGGCCUUUUACUGGCCGAGUCAUCUCGCCUGAGCAUGUGGAUCUCUUCAAGAACAACAACCUCAUGUGGGAGGUGUUCAAUGAGGAUGGUACUGUGCGCUACUUCAUUGAUGCUAGUCAGGAGGAUCACCGCAGCUGGAUGACCUAUAUCAAAUGUGCCCGCAACGAGCAGGAGCAGAACCUGGAAGUGGUGCAGAUUGGCAGCAGUAUCUUCUACAAAGCUAUGGAGACCAUUCCCCCCGACCAGGAGCUGCUAGUGUGGUAUGGAAACUCACAUAAUACAUUCCUGGGGAUACCCGGAGUUCCAGGAAUAGAGGAUGACCAGCAGAAAAAGAGCAAAACCGAUGAGUUUCAUAUUUGCGACGGCUCCACCUCCUCGGCCUCUGCCCUGCCUACCACCGCUAGCCGGAUGCGCUGCGUCAUCUGCCACCGGGGCUUCAACUCUCGCAGCAACCUGCGUUCCCACAUGCGCAUCCACACCCUGGACAAGCCCUUUGUAUGUCGCUUUUGCAAUCGGCGCUUCAGCCAGUCGUCCACCCUGCGCAACCACGUGCGCCUGCACACUGGCGAGCGGCCAUACAAGUGCCACGUGUGCCAGAGUGCCUACUCUCAGUUGGCAGGACUGCGGGCGCACCAGAAGAGCGCCAGACACCGGCCCGGUGGUGCCGGGGGAGUGGUGGUGGGCCUCCACCAGGCACACUCCCCCCCACCCCCCCAGAUGACCACGGUGCCCCACCCAGCCUCUCUGGUGCACCACAUCCCCACCAUGGUCCUGUGAAGGAAAGCCUUGUACAUUCAUUCCAAUAGGCACAUCCCCCUCGACAGUGAUGAUCGUACUGCAAAAUGUGAUGCUUUUCUACAAGUCUGCACUUCCUUGCACAUAUUUUAUGUAAAUUAACUGGCUUUAGUGGUGUCACUGUUAGAGCUACCGGCAAAUGGACUUUCUGAUCACAUAUAAUAGUUUGGCCCUCACAAUUUCUCUUUUACAAUGCACUAUGUAGGACGAAGGUGAUCUAGGUACUGGAAUUCUGUUAACUUACUGUCAAAAAUGUAACUAGACCUGAUGUUGUCACUGUGACCGUUCUUGUGAGAUUAAGUUUUUAUAUAUAUUUGGGUCCAUAAUAUACAGUACUGUAUGUAGUGUAUUGAUUGGUCAUGCCAGGUACCGUCAUACUGAUAACAUAUAGAAAUCCAUUGAUUUUAUAGAUAUAAAAAAAAUCUAUUGGUCAAGUUCUGAAUGGUUUAACAUUUUGAAGUUAUUGGAAGUUAUUUUUCUCUCUUACCAGUGCAUGGGACAAUAUUUGUCUACUCAAUGACCAUAAGUCUUGGGAUGUUCUUGUACAUCUUCAGAGGUACUGUAUCUGGGAGGCAAAUGUAGUUCACUUUUGUUUGCAUGCAGUUUUUUAUUUAUGUUUUGGAAAAUAAUGCUAUUUGUUUGUUUCCACCUGAAUGAGGUAGCCCAGGCUGACAGUCAAAUUGAUUUGUACAAACAAGAUCUGGGUUUGGGAGGACAUUCACACAUUCUUAACAUUGAUUAACUCAUAUUUUUUACUAUUGUAACAAGAAUUGCAUAUUUUGCAACCGUAAUGGAUGAAGGAUCAUUUGAACUGGUCACUUAACAGGAUUUUCCAGACUCUCCCAGUAACCGUUAGCUUUGUUGUGUCCCAGUCAGGGAAUAGAAUGAUUCAUGACAUGUAAAUACACUAUAUAAGAUGUAAAUAUAAUCCUAAAAUGUACUCUAUUUCCAGAAUUAUUGAACAGUCACUUUAUCUCUACAUGUACAGUAUGUAUAACUUAAAUGACAAAACGGGGUGCAGUGUAUUACCUAUACUAUGUUUGCAUAUAUGAAUUACUUUGUAUUUUCACCUAGUACUCCAAAUAAAUCAUUGUAACCUU